CAAGUAUUUCAAACCAUCGCGAGAAUGUGGUUCGUUGCCUUCCAAAUUUCGUUAUUCUGUGUAUCGAAGGAAGUGGAAGUGACAAAAAAUAUAUCUAUCCAUUUAUUUUUUCUUUUAGUUAAGUCCAAACCAAGACACGUGUUUUAGAAAGUCUCUUUGGAGGAGAUCCCGGCUCCACGAAUGUCGGACAGUGAAGACAGCGACUUCUCUGACAACCAGAGUGAACAAAGUAGCGAAGCCGAGGAGGUGGAUAAAAAUGAGGCAGAGGAAGAUGGGCAGGCAAGUUUAUCUGGCAGUGACAAGGCAGCAGAAGAGGAAGGGGAAGACUUGGCAGAUGAGUAUGACGAAGAGGAGGAAGAGGAUGAUGAUGACCGUCCCAGAAAGAAACCCAGGCAUGGAGGUUUCAUCUUAGAUGAAGCCGAUGUGGAUGAUGAGUAUGAAGAUGAAGACCCGUGGGAGGAAGGUGCUGAGGAUAUUUUAGAGAAAGUUAACGAGGAAGCUGAGGUGUCCAACAUUGACCAUGUGGUCCUGGAUGAGGACAACUCUGGCUCCCGCAGGCUGCAGAACCUCUGGAGAGAUUCCAGAGAAGAGGCCUUGGGUGAAUAUUACAUGAGGAAAUAUGCCAAGCAAUCAGGAAAUGAUUUUCCUGGGGGUUCUGAGGAACUGUCUGAUGACAUCACCCAGCAGCAGCUGCUCCCUGGCGUCAAGGAUCCUAAUCUUUGGACGGUCAAGUGUAAGAUUGGAGAAGAGAGAGCAACCGCCAUCGCAUUGAUGAGGAAAUUCAUUGCCUAUCAAUUCACAGACACGCCCCUCCAAAUCAAGUCGGUAGUGGCUCCCGAACAUGUCAAAGGUUACAUCUAUGUGGAGUCGUACAAGCAGACUCACGUCAAGGCUGCAAUUGAUGGAAUAGGCAACCUGAGGAUGGGCUUCUGGAACCAGCAGAUGGUUCCCAUCAAGGAGAUGACAGACGUCCUCAAGGUGGUCAAAGAGGUGACUAACCUCAAGCCCAAGUCCUGGGUCCGCCUCAAGAGAGGCCUCUACAAAGAUGACAUUGCCCAGGUGGACUAUGUGGAGCCCAGUCAGAACACGAUAUCACUGAAGAUGAUUCCCAGGAUAGAUUUGGACAGAAUUAAGGCCCGUAUGAGCAUGAAAGACUGGUUUGCAAAGCGGAAAAAGUUCAAGAGACCAGCCCAGAGACUCUUCGAUGCGGAAAAGAUCAGGUCACUUGGUGGGGAUGUCAGCCACGAUGGAGACUUCAUGAUAUUUGAAGCUAACCGCUACAGCCGUAAAGGGUUCCUCUUCAAGAGCUUUGCCAUGUCUGCUGUGAUCACUGAAGGAGUGAAACCCACUCUGUCAGAGCUGGAGAAGUUUGAGGAUCAGCCAGAAGGCAUUGAUCUGGAGGUGGUGACUGAAACCGCAGGUAAAGAGCGUGAGCACAACCUCCAGGCUGGGGACAACGUGGAGGUGUGUGAAGGGGAGCUGAUAAACUUGCAGGGCAAGAUCCUGAGUGUGGAUGGCAACAAGAUCACCAUCAUGCCCAAGCAUGAGGACCUGAAGAAUCCGCUGGAGUUCCCGGCCCAUGAAUUGAGGAAGUACUUCCGUAUGGGUGACCACGUCAAGGUGAUAGCAGGCCGCUACGAGGGCGACACCGGCCUCAUCGUACGCGUGGAGGAGAACUUUGUCAUCCUCUUCUCUGACCUCACCAUGCACGAGUUGAAGGUCCUGCCCCGGGACUUACAGCUGUGCUCUGAGACGGCGUCAGGGGUAGAUGCCGGGGGCCAGCACGAAUGGGGAGAGCUGGUCCAACUGGACCCCCAGACCGUGGGAGUUAUUGUCAGGCUGGAGAGAGAGACAUUCCAGGUCCUCAACAUGGACGGCAAGGUGCUGACGGUGCGUCACCAGGCAGUGAAUCAGCGGAAAGACAACCGCUUUGCUGUGGCGCUGGACUCUGAGCAGAACAACAUUCACGUCAAAGACAUCGUCAAGGUCAUCGACGGACCACACUCGGGGCGUGAGGGAGAGAUCCGCCACAUUUUCAGAGGCUUUGCCUUCCUGCACUGUAAAAAGCUGGUGGAGAACGGGGGCAUGUUCGUCUGCAAGACACGCCACGUGGUGCUGGCCGGGGGCUCCAAGCCCAGAGACGUCACCAACUUCACCGUGGGAGGCUUCGCUCCGAGGAGUCCAAGUAUCAGCAGCCCCAUGCAUCCAGGUGGUGGUGGUGGUGGUCAGCAGCAGAGGGGUGGUGGAGGAGGUGGACAGAUGGGGCGUGGCCGGGGCAGGAGGGACAACGACCUGAUUGGACAGACCGUCCGCAUCUCCCAUGGACCAUACAAGGGGUACAUUGGAGUGGUGAAGGAUGCCACUGAGUCGACAGCCAGAGUGGAGCUGCACUCAACAUGCCAGACCAUCUCUGUGGACCGACAGCGUCUCACCACAAUGGGAGCCAAGAGCCAUGGAGGAAUGACUUCCACCCACGGACGCACUCCCAUGUACGGUCCCCAGACCCCCAUGUACGGGACAGGCUCCCGUACCCCCAUGUAUAACUCUCAGACCCCCUUACACGAUGGGAGCCGUACACCGCACUACGGCUCGCAGACCCCGCUGCAUGAUGGGAGCAGAACGCCAGGGCAGAGCGGAGCGUGGGACCCCAACAACCCCAACACACCGUCCAGGGCGGACGAUGACUUUGAGUUUGGUUAUGAUGACGAGCCCUCGCCGUCCCCUCAGGGCUACGGGGGCACUCCUAACCCCCAGACCCCUGGCUACCCAGAGGUACCCUCACCCCAGGUCAAUCCCCAGUACAACCCCCAGACCCCAGGAACCCCAGCCAUGUACAACACGGAACAGUACUCGCCGUACACUGCCCCCUCCCCACAGGGCUCGUACCAGCCCAGCCCCAGUCCCCAGAGCUACCAUCAGGUGGCCCCCAGCCCAGUGGGCUACCAGAACACACACUCACCAGCCAGCUACCACCCCACACCCUCACCCAUGGCAUACCAGGCCAGUCCGAGCCCCAGCCCGGUAGGCUACAGCCCCAUGACCCCCGGCGCCCCCUCCCCUGGCGGCUACAACCCCCACACCCCCGGCUCCAACAUCGACCAGACCUCCUGCGACUGGGUCACCACCGACAUCCUAGUGCACGUUAAGGACACCUUCCUGGACAGCCAGGUGGUUAACCAGACGGGCGUUAUCCGCAGUGUCACGGGUGGCAUGUGCUCAGUCUUCCUCCAGGACACAGAGAAGGUGGUGAGCAUCUCCAGUGAACACCUAGAGCCUGUCACCCCAACUAAGAACAACAAGGUGAAGGUGAUUUUAGGGGAGGACCGCGAGGCCACGGGGAUCCUACUGAGUAUUGAUGGGGACGACGGCAUCGUCAGGAUGGAGCUGGAUGACCAGCUGAAGAUUCUCAACCUCCGCUUCCUGGGCAAGCUGGAGCUCUGAGCCAUCACACCCCAACCUCACAACACGCCCUCACUGCAAAGCAACGUCACUCAAAACAAGCAGAAUAUGUGCCCCCAUGUUCACUAUCAAAGAUUAAAAUUGCCCGUGUAAUUUCUUUUCAGCCAAACUUGUGCUCUUAGUGAACUCUCAUUGGUUUUUAGUGCUCUGUGGUUGUAAUUUCUGUCUUUUCUUUACUUUUUUUGUUAUAGAAACUAUAUUUUGGUUAUGCGUGUACAAUGUCAAUUAAAUGUUAACUAUU